UAAUGAAUUAAAUUGAUUUAUUAUAAUUAAAUUCAUGGUAUUGUUAUAUAUAUAUUUCUUAUCUUAGAUAGAAAACUUUAGAUCAGCUUUGGGGAAGAGCAUAUGGCAAGACAUGAGUGCAAGCAGGUGUAGCACAUUGAAUGCUACUAUACCCUGCACAGAGAAUUUCAGUUACUGAUUAGUUUGAAAAUGCAAGUUGGUAAUACUAUGGCCUUGCUUAAAAUGAAAGACAUUGUGACAAUUCUGCAGAACUCUGCAGAAGUAACAGCUCAAUAGUGCUGCCUAGUGGCUGUAAUUCUGAAUGUUAAAUUGGAAAGUAAGCAAGUAAAAAAUACCAAACAAGAUAACAAAAAUGCCCCUUGAAGGGAUGAUGAAAACACAUACAAAUACAUGUAUCUAUAUGUGUCUGUAUAUCAAUUGGUAUGUCUUACCCUUCUAAUUCAAAUACAUUUGGCAUAACUUGAACAGAACUGUUCAGUUUCUAUCUUUAACUGUCAUAUGUCUAGAUCAGUGAAGGCGAACCUAUGAUGUAUGUCAAAGGUGACACAUCAACACAUUUUGGCUGACACACCAGUGUUAAUCAACACCCAACAACGAUUCUUGAAAGCAUACCCCGCUCUCAGUUUUGGAAGUUGUGGAGGCCACAUGGAAUGGGAUGUCUCUCAUGGGCUCUUGAACCUCUGGAAGUUAUGUGAGAGGGUUGUGCUCUUGCAUGGCCUUUGAGUCUCCAAAAAUCAUGUGAGAACAGGGCAUGCUUUCGUGUCAUUUUUGGAGGCUUCUGAGGCAUUCUCCACCCCAUCAUGGAAGAGCAUUCUCCAAAGCAGCUUCAAGAAUAAAGGCCUUAUGUGACCUGGAGCAACCUCAGGUGGAAGCUGCUGUCAAAGCGGCCCAAAAUGCUUUCCCAGGAUGGUCUGCCAAAAAUCCACAGGAAAGGUCAAAAAUAAUGAGUAAGUUAGCAGACCUUAUGGAAGAAGAUCUGGAGUCAUUUGCGCAAGCAGAAUCAAAAGAUCAAGGAAAAACCAUUUCUUUUGCCAGAACAGUGGACAUACCCCGAGCAGUAUACAAUUUUCGCUUUUUUUCAUCAUCUAUCCUUCAUAACACAACAGAAUGUACACAGAUGGAUCACAUGGGCUGUAUGCACUAUACUGAAAGGUCACCAGUGGGAAUUGCUGGAUUAAUUAGUCCUUGGAAUUUGCCACUUUACUUACUGACCUGGAAAAUUGCCCCUGCUGUCAUGUGUGGAAAUACUGUAAUUGCCAAACCCAGUGAAAUGACAUCUGUCACAGCCUGGAUGAUGUGCAAACUUCUGAAUCAAGCAGGUUUUCCUCCGGGUGUGAUAAAUGUCGUAUUCGGAAGUGGGCCCAAGGCUGGAGAUGCUCUUGUUUCCCAUCCGGCGGUAUCUCUGAUUUCCUUCACUGGGAGCACACUCACCGGCCAGCAAAUCAUCCAAAGGUCUGCUUUGUACUGUAAGAAGCUUUCCUUGGAGCUAGGAGGCAAAAACCCAGCUAUCAUUUUUGAGGAUGCCAACUUGGAUCAAUGUAUUCCUGCCACUGUAAAAUCCAGUUUUGCUAACCAGGGUGAGAUAUGCUUAUGUACCAGCAGAAUCUUUGUUCAGAAGAGCAUUUCUAAAGAAUUCUUGAAAAGGUUUGUGGAAGCUGUUAGAAAAUGGAAAGUUGGAAAUCCUUCAGAUCCCACAAGUGAUAUGGGAGCAUUAAUAAGUAAAGAUCAUUUAGCAAAGGUGAAGAAAUAUAUCCAGCAGGCUCGGGCAGAAGGGGCCAAGAUCCUUUGUGGAGAGGGAAUAGAUUCAUUGAAUCUUCCUCCAAGAAACCAAAAAGGCUAUUUCUUGCCUCCCACAGUUAUCACAGAAAUCGAUGACGAUUCUUGCUGCAUUCAGGAUGAGAUCUUUGGUCCUGUAACUUGUGUAAUGGUAUUUGACACAGAAGAGGAAGUGAUUAGGAGAGCCAAUGGAGUCAAAUAUGGCCUGGCAGCCACAGUUUGGUCAAACAAUGUGGGCCGGAUUCAUCGUGUUGCUAAAAGACUCCAGUCUGGUUUGGUGUGGACCAAUUGUUGGCUGAUCAGAGAUCUGAAUUUGCCCUUUGGGGGAAUGAAAGCCUCUGGGAUAGGUAGAGAGGGAGCUAAGGAUUCGUAUGAAUUUUUCACUGAGGUGAAAACAGUUACCAUAAAAUAUACUGAUGUGAACUGAUAGGAAGUUAUUUGUGCCAUAAGUCUGUGUGUGUUGCUUUGUCUCUCUUGAUAUAUUGAAAAAACGAUGGUCAUGGUUUAUACUUGUAUGUCUGCUAAGUGUACUGGAGAAAGGGGCUUAUAAGGGGAAAAUAAUUAUAUGAGACUUUACAGCUGGAAAAUAUAUGGUGGAGUCUGUCAUUAGCUUUGUUUUAACUUCAAAAGAACUGAUGAGUUUUAUCUGGCUUAGCGUGCUGUUUCCACAACAACCAACUAGAUGUGAUGGGAACUCAAGCAAGACAUCCCCCUUCUCACUUGUAUUCUUCAAUAACUGCUUUGGGAACCAUGCUGUCUUUGAAAAUAAAACUAAAAUAUGAUGCCAUAAA